AAGUACAUUUGACGCUUGCGCAGUCUACCUCACGCAGUUAUCGUACGAUGGCCGAUGCGUCUCUCAACUCCGACGAUGAAAGCAGUGCCAACCCUCCACAAACAUACAAUUAUACUCCCUUACAAGAUUAUGCGCAGUAUCAACCCAACAACGGUAGCGAGGUUAUCUCUCACCUCAGCAAGACGAGUCCAACCAAACGACUACUCUAACAUGGCCUAUUUCAAUGGUCUCUUGUGUCUUAUCGUUGGAUGUUACACCAUAUACUUGUCUUGGAAGGUUCGCAAUUGCUACGAAAAGGAAGAUUACAAUGGUGCGCUAGUUGCAUCUAGAAGGUGUUUUUGGAUUCACUUUGUUGUAUUCUCGGUUGCUGGAUGGCUGUUGUUCUUGGUCAUUGCCCUCUAUAUCUUUUAUGGUUUUGCAGUUGCUAAAAUAUAGUCUCUAGAGUUGUGGAAGUGUAGAAACGAUGAGCUUAACUGAAGUAUUGACAUUUGAGUACUUUGCUAUUUGUGAUUAAAGGUGCCUGCUCACGUUU